AUGAAACGUAUAAUAGGAGCUAUUAAAGCAUCAACCAUAUCACAUAUAAGGUUAGAUCAGGAUAUGGGUGCGGGUGAAAACGUGGGUGUGGAUGUGGGUGCGAGUGUGAGUGUGGGUGUUGCUGUGGGUGAGUGUGGGUGUGGGUGUGGGUGGGUGUUGGUGUGAAGUGCGGAUAAUGCUGAAAUGAACAUCCACACCAUCAAUAACAUGCGUCUUUCCAUUCUAGUUUUCUUACUCCAUCAUUUCGUUUCAGCAGACUACCAUAACAAAGCCUUCAAUCCCUUCAUAUUGACGCUAUAAUGGUUAGUUCUACCGAGCAGUAUUUCCUCUGUAUUUAUCUGGUUCCUCCAGGCAUCCUUCUGGUGGUCAUGCUUGUCCUCGCAGGCAUGAACGAUGAUGCCCGUUAUUACAUUGAAGAGAAAGUUAUUGGCGUCAGUCGUCGCAAUACUAACGCACAGUCACAAACAGAAGUACCCUGUGCCAUUCAGCGCUCGGAGAAUAAGAUGAUGUCUGGCUCAAGAGAAUCGAGAUGUUGUUGUGAGGAUUACUGUUCAAAUGAUUGCAAUCCUGAGACUCUCUGUUGUAAGUGCUUCGAUGGUUUUUGCCACUACAACAAGGAGGACUACUUUGAAAAGUAUUUCUACAUCAAAAACGAGGAAGGCACAGCGAUAAAAACGAAUCGCUGUUUAAAUGCCCUUUCGGGUUGUGCCACCGCCCUAGUACUCACAAUUCUCCUGACAAUUAUCUACGAAACCAAUGUGCUGACAAUUCAAGCUGUUUCGAAUGGUAACCAGUGCCCGUUUGAUGGUCCUUGUGCUCAUGGAUAUCCCGGAGACGCCACAUAUGUAUAUGUUGAAUGCAUUAGGGGGGAGACAACAAACUUUUCAUCUGUCGAGAACAUUGUAUGGUGCAUCGGAUGGGUCAUAAAAUAUCAGACAGCUGGUGACGUAAUUAACACUAUAGGCAUUUGCGGUGGGUUACUCGGCAUCAUCUCAAACAUCAUGCCAUUAGUCUACAAAAUUUCUAAGAGUAGGCAAAAAGAACGAUGGAAAAGAACCGCACUUUGGAUAUGCAGCAGCUUGGCGCCUCUGCUACCAGUAAUCGCGCUUAUUUUAAUUUCUACACUCUAUAAGGGAACUCCAUCAAUGCUGACCAUCGUCUUUUUGUCAAUCAUAAUUCUGCUGAGUACAGCUGCCUGGAUCUUGGCCGCUUGUUCCAAUUGCGUAUGCAACAAAACUUGCUCUUGCUGCUUUCGUAACAAUUCCAAACAUGAACCUUGACACCUUCCGAUUAACAUUGAUUAUUUGAACGAUCUAUCCCUUCGCAUAAAACUGGCUCUCGAACUGAUCUCUCUUGAUUCAACAUGGGUGGGGAUGUGUGUUGGUGUGGGGGUCAGUAUGCUAUUCGCCGAAAGAUACAUCCGGUGUGGGUGUGGUUGGCUGUGGCUGCCGGUAUGGGUGUGGGUGGGUGUGAGUGUGGAUGUGGGCGUGGGU